CCAAAAGUUGACAGUCGGGCCGUUCUGUUUAUUUUUCUAAUUAUUUAACCUUUGAUCACCUUGUAUUUGGCCUGAAGUGUCAUUAAUUGGUGAUCCAUAGUCCUUAAUUUCGUGUAGAGCAAAAAUAGACGUCACAAUUUGUUUAAAUUCGUUGAUUCGAUCGAUUUUGGAUAGGACGUUGGAAGAUGAGAUCGACUUGACAACCGUUGUGUAAACAACAUGGCGAAUCACUACACUUCAAGUGUUAUCAGCUGUUCGAGACAUCCCACUGUCAUUUCAUGCCAUCUGACAUCUCCUGGGUCGAAUUAUUCUCCUAGAAAAUAAUCUGGCUCCCACAAUUCUGUGAUCAGAGGCGAUAUUGAUAUGAUUCUGCUGGAUUACUUGUGAUGACUUUAUGAAUGAAUUGAAGGACAGUUUUACAAAACUUUAGCAAUGACGAACAGGUCGAAGCCGAGUAAAAGUAAAAUGAGAUGUGUAAAUCUGACUUUUCAAACACAGUCAACUGAAGGAAAGCCCAGGCCUUCGAAUGCUAUCAAUGAUGUUCCGAAUAAUGGUUUUCGACCACAUGGAGGAAACAGAGGUUCAAAGAAGCAUCCAACCAAUGAGUUUUCAUACAAGAAAAAUGCUGACUACCAUCGUAAGCUGAGGGAAGACAUCGAUAAACUCUUUGAUGAUGAAGCCAAGGAGCGGAAGCAGACUCCUAGCUGGGUCCAUGAUGUCACCAAGGAAACGUCCCAUUCAGGAGAAAGUCCACUGUUCAAACACCUCUCACCAAAUAAGCAAGAGCAGCAAAUGGAGUACAUCCGCUUGGCCCAAUCCCUUCUCGAGGAGAACCGCAGUAAGAUGUCAUCGCGCAGCUCGACUGCCAUGCCUGCCUACCAUCGGGCAAACAGUGCUCACCAGUUUAUGGAGGCAACAGAUCUGCUCGUCUCUGAUCUAGAUGCGAAACUUGGAAGGCCAACUCGAACAACUUUACUUAGGAAUCGUCAGCGCGUGGCCUCGGCUCCUCUCUCGAGCUAUGAAAUUAGGAAGGAAGCUAAGAAAAAGGCUCAAGAAAUCCUGGAUCAAAGGUCUCGGCCAAUGACUGCUGCUGCUCAUAAAGAGCAAAGAAGAAUGUUUAUUUUCUACUCAAGAAUUUUGUUCAUGCCGUCUGUGGAAAAGGGGGAUACUGCCCAUGCAUUUCUGACUGGUGCAAGGUACAACCGCGCUCAUUACCUGGACUCCAAGAGUCUGACCAAGUAUGGUGUGUACAUGCCCAGGGAUAACCCUAUGGGGGCAUUCAUCAACCAGAAAAUGAAGACGGCCGAGGCUCAGGAGGAGACACCUUCAGCAGCCUCUCCUACUCCAGUCGAUCCAUCCUCUCCAGAGAUACCACCCCAGCUCCCCAUGACCCCAGCCGCCAAGGGGCGCCAGGCAUGGACGGAGACCAGCGCUGUGCCCAUUCAAAAUGAUGGCAUUAAGAUGAGCAGCCGGAGUAGCCAUCAUGAUCUUAACAAGGCGUGUGAGUCAUUCAGCGGGGAACAACAAAGUCUCUCUAUAUCAGGACACCGCCUUGGGGGCCUUAGUGUUCCUACUAAUACCCCUCGUUUAAGAAGCGCCUGCAGUACUGGUAGGUUGACCCCGAAGUCUCCCCAUACAUCGUCCUUAGAUUAUAGCAUCGUCACUCCCAGGGAAACGCCAGCAUCCCGUGGUUUACCGAUGUGUGUUGGCAGGUCAAUAUACCAGAUUCCAUUUACACCGGAACUGAUACGCAACAUGUCGCUUGUCAAUCAACCAAGGUCAAGUCCUGUCGUAACGGCACGUGAUGUUGAGGGGCAACUGAAUGUGGAUAUUUUGAAUGUUGAAGCCGAGAAAAGUGAGGAAAGGUUGGAUGCGGUGCUGGGGGAGGGGAGGUUACCGGUCCAGGAGGAAGUCAUCAGAGAAGAGACGGAACCAGACAAUCCAGAUGAGCACAGUGAGGCUGAUAAUCUGACCAGUGGGGCGGAGGCUGGGGAGGAAUCGGCCAAAAAAUCGGAAGAUGCGAAUGGAACGGCCAUUCCGGAGGGAGGUGAUCACAGUUUGCCCAAUGAGGGUGAGGUUGGGGGUGAGGUUGAGGGUGAGGUUGAGGGUGAGGUUGUAGAUGCAACAACCAAUGAGAAGCUAGAGGUGGAGUCAUGUGGCCAAGGCGAGGAAAUCCCCGAUGAUAACGUGGAAUUUUUCUUAACCGAGGAAGGUGGUGAAAAGCUUGUGAACGGGCUAGGGGAUGGCCAGGGGGAAGGUGACACUGAGGGGGCUGGAGAACAGAAGACUGAUGUGCUCGAAGAGGAAGACAAAGUUUCUCUUGUGGGAUCUGAAGCAAGUCGAGAAUCCGGGCAAGAAACAACCCGGGAAACUUUCGCUCCGGUUAUAUCUGUUGAUAUAUCAAAGAAGUCGACAGAUAAUUUGCAAAAUCAGGCAGUUGAUGAUGUUGAUUUGUAGGGUGUACAAUCGAGAUGCUGAAACUAGUUUCCGUGGUUAUAACUAAUAUAAGGAUUACCCAACAUUGUGAGCUUCCAUUGCGAGAGAAAUGUUAACCGCAUCAAAGCACUGUGUGAUAUAGCUUUUAUAUAGGCAUAUGUUCAUCUUUGUUAUUGUUGAUCAAUCUUAUCAAGAAUUAAUAAUGACAUGGUCUUUAUUAAUUUUGAUAUUAUUAUCUGUCUGUAAAACAUGUUGUUCCAUAAUUUUAAAGUUUAUUUUGAUCUGCUUUAUAGGCCCAGUUGACUUUUCACUUUAACCCUUGGACUAGUGUUCAAGGAAUAGCUUUAUAAACUGCAAAUCUUCACGCCUUUUUAUUACAAUAGUGAUAAAAGAAAUUGGUUUAAAAAAUUUAAAUUGUCAUUAUCUUAUUUUGGCGGAUUACGAAAGUCCUGUCAAUUUUUUUCGCGAGUUUUAUUUUUGAAUCAGGGUUAUUCGCGAAAUCUGUGAAAAUUGGUCUAUUAACGGUAUCCAUCUGCAAAACGUGAUGUGUUUAUUAUGAUUACUUUCAUCUGCUUAUAGGCCCAGUUUAUUUACCACUGUAACCCUUGGACUAGUCUUCAAGGUUUCUGAAUUACAAUGCGAACAAAUCCUGAUCAAUAAUCUGCACGUUAAUCCACAUCAGUAAAAUCUCAACUCCCAGUCGACUUGUGAUAUUUGUUUGUAUUAAAUGCGACAGCAUGCCUCGAAAUUCACUUUUGAAAGGGCACAGCAGAUUUUUUUCAAAAAGAAGGCACUUUUGCUAGAUUGGCGAAAAAGGGCAAACUUUAAAUGAGAAUUGAUAAAAACAAAAUUGCCUUCGUGAUGGAAGAAAUAUGCAUCAGAGGCAAUGGCCUUUGCUGCCUCAAAUAAAUUCGAUCCCUGCUAAGGUCUUUGUUUGGUUUCUAAGUGAAGUUGUACAGCGGUUGGAAAAUGUUUUUUUUAUCUUCCAUAAAAUAACUAAUAUUGCUAAUUAAUUCAAUUCAAGUGAGGCACAUCACCAAGUGCGUAUCGUCACCAAAAUUUCAUUGGAAAAUAACCUUGUGACCUAAAUGGCGAUAGUACGAGUGUCGUGACUUGAGAAUGACAUUUUAAAACCGAAUAACUUCCUUUAGAACCAAAUAACUUACAACUCAGAUACUUGUAUUCUAACAUGCCGUGGGAGAAAAGUGCAGCUGUGCCUAAAUUCCUUAUUCCAUAUUCUAUUGGUUGAAUCUUCACUUAUGACCCAUCACUACAAAACCAGCCAAAUGUAGCUCUAAGCUUGGCUGGUUGAGAUGGACUGGCUUUUCUUCAUCACACUGUUGUCUGGUUUCUGUGAAAUCUUGAGUACAUCAAUUUCUUUCAUUAUCUAGGUGUCUUUCAUUAUCCUGGUGUCAUUUUAUGGGUAUUGCUAACGGGGAGGGGGGAGGCCAGGGGGCAAAUGCCUUCCCGGUGGUCACCUAAAAUAGUGUCAUUUUGCCCCCCCCUCCCCCGAGAAUCUUUUGCCCCCCAAAACUAAAAUGCCAGAUAGGCCCCUGCAUAAAGGCUCAUCUUCUGUGCCACGGUGCCUGGUCUUGCUGAGACAGGUCACAAUUACAACAGGCUGGGAACACAAGUGUUUGUGCGUAUCAGUCUACUGUCCCAAAAGCUGUUCAAGUGUGAAAGAUCCCUGUUGUAUAUCAUAGCCCUAGACCCAAUAAUCACUGCUUAAAGGGGAUACGCUGUUCGUAAUUACUUGUGGUCGAGUUAAAUAGAAAUCCACCAAUACACAAUGCCGUAGUGUAGUUAUUGUGAAUACAAAUUUGUUUAAACUUGGUAUUCAUAGUAUUUGUAUAUCAGUCUACACAACGGUAAUGUUGACAUUUAUAUUUAGUACGUGUUUCCGAAAUUGGACAUUUUAAAAUUCAGUUUCAAAUUCAAAAUUUUCAACGAACGGCGUCAAACAAUGUGCUAGAUACACCUAGGUUCUUCAAUACAACGUAGUUAAAAUGAAAAAUGUUUCACAUAUUAAACACAAAUGUUGGGAGCUAAAAUGAGAUCAUUCCUAUCAGAUGGACUACAUCCAAGUGAUGGUCUUUGGCAUUGAACCCCUGAGACAGUUGGUUUACGGCAAAAUUUAAACCGUGAUAUUUGUGCCGUCAGGUCGAGUGGGUUGAAAGUACAUGUACAGUAGAACCUCUCGAUUAAGGACACCCAAGGGACUGACAAGUUCUGUCCUUAAUAGAUAGGUGUCCACAUUACAGAGGUCAAAUUGUAUGGAAACAGCCAAUUUGGGAACACAACUAGUGUCCUUUAAAGAGAGGUUGUCCUUAAUAGAGAGGUGUCUGCUAAGGGAGGUUCCACUGUACAUGUAUGUUUAUUGUGUUGACGAUACAUGUGUGUCUAAAACUUUGUAGCUCAAAUGAACCAUGACGUUUGUUGAUUGUCAGUACUGUUUACAAAGAAAGCAUCCACCUUUGGUGACUAAACUGUGAUAGGCCAAUCUAAAUUCCGUCCAUUGAGGAAGUGCGUGUUGCUAUUAUCAAAUCGGAGAGCUUCGAGUCAAUGAUAAAGAGUCCAGACCCCCUUGAACAUGGAAGUUAUCAUACAUAUUCCUUGAGAUUCUUUGAGUUGAAUCUUCAAAAUGAAAACAGUAUGUUCCUUCUAACACCCUCAUUUUACAUGUACAUGUAUCAUUACUUUUACACAGUUUAACCAGUAAUAAUUUGUCAAAGUUUAUUUCAAGUAUCGCGAUCUCACUCUCCAUGUAUCAUAUAACAUGAGUUUUUUUACCAUUGUUAGGUUUUUAUCUUUGAAAAAUGAAGACAAAAUUGUUUAAAUAUAUAAACAGUUCAGUAUAAAAAUGGAAGACCGAUCAACCCUGAACUACCAACUACCAACUCUUCAAAACGUUUUAUUGCUUUGUAAUUUACAUAUUUUUGAUAUCAAAUUCAUCGAUCACAACUUGGCACCUAAAUAGAUGAAUAAAAGUUACUUUUA